CACGCCCGCCCGGAGGAGAAGAGCUCGCGGCGCCGUGCGGGGUGGCGGGCCCCGAGGGCGCGGAGCGCGGCAGGUGCACGGCGCGGACUACAAGUCCCAGCAUGCCCUGCCGCCCUGACCCGGCCCCCGCGGCCACUUAAAGGCUCCCCCGGGAGCUGCAGCCGUCGGGUCGCGGCGGCUUUCGCUUUGCUGCCGCGGCUGGGCGGGCGGGAGCAGCGGACUCGCCGGCCGGCGCUCGCGGCGUCCCGGCUCGGGCCACGCCGAGGAGCUGUCCUCGCGCAGCCCUCCGGGCUCAGGGCUUGCCUGCCGAGGCGCCCCCCGCCCCGGGCUCCUCGCCUCGACCCCCCGGCGGCCCCGAUGCCGAGGCAUGGAUAGAGCGGCGCUGCGCGGGUCGGCGAUGGGCGAGAAGAAGGAGGGCGGCGGUGCGGAUGCCGCGGCGGAUGGGAGCGCCCGGGCCGCGGCCAGCCGGGCGCUGCAGCAGUGCGGGCAGCUGCAGAAGCUCAUCGACAUCUCCAUCGGCAGCCUGCGCGGGCUGCGCACCAAGUGCGCCGUGUCCAACGACCUCACCCAGCAGGAGAUCCGCACCCUGGAGGCCAAGCUGGUGCGGUACAUUUGCAAGCAGCGGCAGUGCAAGCUCAGCGUGGCUGCCAGCGAGCGGACCCCAGAGCUCGACAGCUACCCCCGCUUCAGUGACUGGCUCUACAUCUUCAAUGUGAAGCCCGAGGUGGUGCAGGAGAUCUCCCACAACCUCACACUGGACGCCCUGCUGGAGAUGAACGAAGCCGAGGUGAAGGAGACGCUACGGCACUGCAGGGCCGGACCUGAGGAUUGUGGGCGCCUGCAGCAAGCCCUCGCCUGCCUGCGCAAGGUCACGGGCCUGGGCGGAGAGCACAAAGAGGACCCCAGCUGGAGUUCAGCGGAUGCUCGGCGGGAAAGCAGCUCCGGGCCUCCCACGGACUCCCUGUCUCCUGCCAGCUCGCCCUGGCUGCCAGGGAGUGCCCCGAUGUGCAGAGUGGGCAACAGCUUGCAGGGCCCGCGCUCCGUCUCCGUGUCAGCCCUGCCCGCCUCAGACUCCGCCAUCCCCGGCCUGAGUGAGGGCCUCUCGGACACCUGCCUCCCACUGCACGCCAGCGGGCGGCUGACCCCCCGCGCCCUGCACAGCUUCAUCACGCCUCCCGCCACGCCCCAGCUGCGCCGUCACGCCAAGCUGAAGCCUCCACGGACACCGCCACCGCCCAGCCGCAAGGUCUUCCAGCUGCUGCCCAGCUUCCCCACGCUCACGCGGAGCAAGUCCCAUGAGUCGCAGCUUGGAAACCGCAUCGACGAGGUCUCCCCGAUGCGGUUUGAUCUGCAGCACGGAUCCCCACAGAUGGUACGAAGGGACAUCGGACUCUCGGUUACACACAGGUUCUCAACCAAGUCCUGGCUGUCACAGGUGUGCCACGUGUGCCAGAAGAACAUGAUGUUUGGAGUGAAGUGCAAGCAUUGCAGGCUGAAGUGCCACAACAAGUGUACGAAGGAGGCCCCUGCCUGUCGGAUCUCCUUCCUCCCAUUAACUCUUCGGAGGACAGAAUCUGUCCCCUCAGACAUCAACAACCCGGUGGACAGAGCAGCUGGACCCCACUUCGGGACCCUCCCCAAAGCACUCUCAAAGAAGGAGCAUCCUCCAGCCAUCAACCACCUGGACUCCAGCAGCAACCCAUCUUCCACUGCAUCCUCCACGCCCUCCUCGCCGGCACCCUUCCCAACAUCGUCCAACCCCUCCAGUGCCACCACGCCGCCCAACCCCUCGCCGGGCCAGCGGGAUAGCAGGUUCAACUUCCCAGCUGCCUACUUCAUCCAUCAUAGACAGCAGUUCAUCUUCCCAGACAUCUCGGCCGUCCCACAGGCAGUGCCACUCCCCGAUGCAGCCAACAGCGUCCGGCCAGAGGAGCAGCCCCAGAUGGACAUGCUGGAUGAUCAUAGGGCAGAGGCGGAGGAGCCAGAGGCCAGCAAGUCAGAGGCAGAAGACGAUGAGGACGAGGUGGACGACCUGCCCAGCUCCCGGCGACCCUGGCGUGGCCCCAUCUCCCGCAAGGCCAGCCAGACCAGCGUGUACCUGCAGGAGUGGGAUAUUCCCUUUGAGCAGGUGGAGCUGGGCGAGCCCAUCGGGCAGGGCCGCUGGGGCCGUGUGCAUCGCGGCCGCUGGCAUGGUGAGGUGGCCAUCCGCCUGCUGGAGAUGGACGGUCACAACCAGGACCACCUGAAGCUGUUCAAGAAGGAGGUGAUGAACUACCGGCAGACGCGCCACGAGAACGUAGUGCUUUUCAUGGGCGCAUGCAUGAACCCGCCCCACCUGGCCAUCAUCACCAGCUUCUGCAAGGGGCGGACAUUGCACUCAUUCGUGAGAGACCCCAAGACGUCCCUGGACAUCAACAAGACAAGGCAGAUCGCUCAAGAGAUCAUCAAGGGCAUGGGCUAUCUCCAUGCCAAGGGCAUCGUGCACAAGGACCUCAAGUCAAAGAACGUAUUCUACGACAAUGGCAAGGUGGUCAUCACAGACUUUGGGCUCUUUGGGAUCUCGGGCGUGUUCCGAGAGGAGCGGCGUGAAAACCAGCUGAAAUUGUCCCAUGACUGGCUGUGCUACCUGGCUCCCGAGAUUGUGCGUGAGAUGGUGCCUGGCAAGGACGAGGACCAGCUGCCCUUCUCCAAAGCUGCUGAUGUCUACGCAUUCGGGACUAUCUGGUAUGAGCUGCAAGCAAGAGACUGGCCCUUCAAGAACCAGGCCGCAGAGGCCCUGAUCUGGCAGAUCGGCAGUGGGGAAGGAACGAAGCGCCUCCUGGCCUCCAUCAGCCUGGGCAAGGAAGUCAGCGUGAGUAGCUGCCUGCUGUCAGGCUCUGCUGCCCAGAGCUUGGGGCGGGUGCUCAGGGCAGGGGUUAAUCUGCACGCCCCAAGGGGAGUGUCUGGUUCAUGUCCCAGCUCCGGUCCCAAUGGCAGCUUCCUGCUAACGCACACCUUGGGGGCAGCAGGUGCCACCCACAGGAGAUCCAGCUUGUAUUCUGGCUUCAACCUGGCUGUUGUGGGCAUUUAAGGGAACCAGCAGACAGGACUUCAGUCUGACUCCAGGGAAGGCCUGGAGCAGGGCAGAGCUCGGGACGGCAGGGCCUGGGCUCAGCACCAGCUUUAAUUGGGAAACAUCUGAGUUUCAUAAAGCUCUUUGGAUCGUCCUGGAAUGCAGCCAGUGUUCUGAACUGAUGGAAGGACUGGCACGAGGAGGAGGCCCAGCAGCAGCAUCGCUGUCAGGGUAUCCUUCUUGACCUCGCCGUUGGAGGCUGUGGCCAGUGGCAUGCACGAUUUAGAGCAGGGAGAGCCCCUCCCCGUGUCCCUGAAGCAGCUGACCAGCAGGCACUGCUCUAGGCUUGCAGGCAGCUGGGCAGUCUUUAUGUGAGCGUAUGGCACACAGGGAGAGCCCCGAGGGCCAGCGGGCAGGUAUGUUCUAUACACCAGGCACAUGUGGCAUCCCACCUUGUCCUUGCUGGGGUGAUUCCAUAAAAAUGCAUCUGAGUAUACUUCCGGGUGCUCUUCUCUCCUUUAGUGAAAUUCCUUUUUAAUUUCCUUGAUCAUUUCUCACCCUGAAAUUUGUUUUCUGUUUUGAGAUUCCAACUAAACAUUUGGUCCUUCCUAGUGAGCCCCCAUCUCUGUUACCCUUUAUUAUUUUCCCUCUCAGUCCAAAAUUGGGUCCACACACUGCAGAAUUUCAUAGUUAAUUAUCUCUCUUUUUUUGGCAUAUGUAUAAGAGAGACAACUAUUGCAUCUGCUGGUUAGCUGCAACAGCCCAGGUCCAAAGGAGAAGCCAGAAACUCUAUCUCAGGCUCCCAUGUGGAUGGCUGGGGCCAAUUUUCUGGGCCACACCCUGCUGCCUCCCAGGGGGCACAGCCUCCAGAGACAAUCUUACACUCUGUCUCCAGCAUUUCUGAUAUGCAGACAACCCCACAGAAUGCAACUGUAUUUAAGAAGACUCCUCAUGGGUGUGUGCAAGCCUCCUCCCUCCAGCCCAUAAAGGAAAAGGGGUAUGCUGGGGUACUCACCUCAGUCCUGGGACAGCAGCUGUGUCGCCGCCCUGCUGGUCAGGCCGAGGCAUGGAUGUUCAACCACUGUGCCUCCUGACUUCUGUCCCAUGGUCGCUCUGCUCAGCACAGGUCCUGUUCUCUCAGACUUGCAGGGUGAGCGCAAGGCAGAAGGGAGGAGACCAGUUCAUGCAUUUCAUUCUGAACUGGAAGCACAUGAGCGCUUUCCAAACGGCCGUUCCUCAGCCCUUCUCUUGUCCAUCAAGGACCUCCUCAAGAGUACAGGAGGCACCCUUUGCAGGCCACCCCGACCCCACUGACACCUGUUGUGUUUGCAGGAGAUCCUGUCUGCCUGCUGGGCCUUUGACCUACAUGAGAGACCCAGCUUCAGCCUGCUGAUGGAGAUGCUGGAGAAGCUGCCCAAG